CCAUACUGAGAAGGUCAUGCAGCUAAUUGGACGCAGGGGGUGGGCUCCUCUCUGCAGCACCGCCUCUGUGUUGUGAUUACUCCAACAGGGAUGUGUGUGUGUUAUUUAUAUUGUGGUGUUGGGGUGGCUGCUCACACGUGCAGCUGCCUGUCCUCUUUGUCCUGCUUCACAGCUUCACUGGCUGCCAUGGGCACUGCCUACAGGGAGAGGAGCUGAGUGCUGCUUUUUCUUUUUUCUUUUUCUUACAUUGCAUCCCUUGCAGCAGUCCUUAGCACCUAGUCGUUGCAUCGCGAGAGGAGUCUCAGCCUAUUUUUGCGCGGCUUCCGAGGCACAAUAACCGGAUUCCCGUAGGCGAUACCCAGCGACGUCUGCCCACCUGAAAGAUGCUGGGAUGAUGCAUGUUUUGAAUGUAUCUGGUUGGGCUCCGGCCGGACGGGUUUCUUUUGGAUGGUGCACAGAGGGGUUUUCGGUGUUUUUAUGUUUCACCCUGAUUUGGAAACCCCCCAUCCCAUCAGGAGAUCCAUGACCCGAUUAACGUACCGUUGUCAUCAUGUCCCCAGCAUCGGCUGCAACGGGCAGUGAAAGCAGCACCACCACCGUCCCCGAAGAGGAGUCGGACAGCCCCCGAGAGGAGCAGCGGCCCCAUAAACAGUCCCUGACAAAAUCCUUGUGUCAGGAAACUCACUGGAAAUGUCUGCUGCUAUCCCUGCUGAUGUACGGCUGCGUCGGGGUGAUGGCCUGGUGCCAGGUGACCAAGGUCACACGCCUCUCCUUCGACAGCGCCUACAAGGGAAGGUCUAUGAUGUACCAUGACAGUCCCUGCUCCAACGGCUACAUCUACAUCCCUUUGGCCUUCCUGGUCAUGCUCUAUGUGGUCUACCUGGUGGAGUGUUGGCACUGCUACACCAGGAAUGAGCUGCAGUACAAGGUGGAUGUGGACAGUGUGGCAGAGCGCAUCCAGCGAAUGCAGCAGGCUACGCCCUGCAUCUGGUGGAAGGCCAUUAGCUACCAUUACAUCAGGAGGACACGGCAGGUGACACGCUACCGUAACGGAGAUGCCUACACCACCACGCAGGUCUACCACGAGCGAGUCAACACCCACGUGGCUGAAGCGGAGUUUGACUAUGGGAACUGUGGGGUUAAGGACAUUGCGAAGCAACUGCUGGGCCUGGAGGACUUCCCCAUCACAAGGCUGAGGUUCACUAAGUGCUUUAGCUUUGCCAAUGUGGAGUCAGAGAACUCCUACCUGACCCAGCGGGCCAGGUUCUUCACAGAGAAUGAGGGCCUGGAUGACUACAUGGAGGCCCGUGAGGGGAUGCACCUGAAGAAUGUAGACUUUAAGGAGUAUAUGAUUGCCUUUUCUGACCCUAAUCACCUUCCCUGGUACGCAGCCAACUCCACUUUCUGGGUGGCAGCUGCAUUCACCCUCUCCUGGCCUCUGCGGGUGCUGACAGAGUACCGCACGGCCUGUGUACACUACCACGUAGAGAAGCUGUUUGGCUUUGACUAUGUGCCAGUAACACCAUCUGAGGAGCGGCCACAAUGCAGACACAUCCCACGAGUCAACACAAUUGACAGCACGGAGCUGGAGUGGCACAUCCGCUCUAACCAGCAGCUGGUGCCCAGCUACUCAGAGGCAGUUCUCAUGGACCUGUCACAGCUCUCAGGGAGCUGUAACAACUACUCCGUAUGUGGAAGCUAUGGUAGCUACAGGCAGAACUGUGAACGCUGCCACCGUGCCAUCAGCAGCUCCUCCAUCUUCUCUCGCAGCGCCCUAAGCAUCUGCAACACAGGGAGCCCCCGCAUCCCUUUCAGCGCCAGCCGCUUUUCGCUGGGCCGGUUGUACGGCUCCAGGCGGAGCUGCAUGUGGAGAAGCAGCGGGAGCCUGAAUGAGCGGUCCUGCCCCACAGAGAGCACGAGCUGUCUGUCAGGCCCGCAGGCCAGUGAGGAGAACCCUCCAGCCUACCAGGACGCUCUGUACCUCCCAGUGCUCAUUGUACAUCGCAAUGAAGGCUGCCUCAACCACGACCACCGCUCCCUGCACAGAAACGGCUCCUGUGUGGAGACUUCUCUAUGACCCACGGCUGCCAGACUGAGCAAGACAUAUAAUGAUACAGGAACAGAGUGAGAAACCUCUUCACACCAGGGCUGAGCUAACAAUGACUUCUGCUUCUCCCUUUUACAACAGAGGUUACAAGUCACCUGCAGCUUCAAACAAACAGGAAAAAGUAUAUCUGGAAAAGUCCUUACAGUACAGUCAAUAAGUCAGGGAAAGACAGAUGUGAUGCUAUUGUUUAGACUGUUGUUUAAAAUACAAUGUGGCUUUAAAUGACAAAUUGCCAAAGUGUCAUGUACUGUCCUACAGCGUCCAUAAGGACACAAGUCAAAUAACCAAGGAAUACCAAGGGAGUCACAUCCCACUGUAAAUGCCAUAUUUGUAGAUCUUAGUCACAGACAAGGACAUGAGUAACACUUUCUAGUAUUUGAAGCCUAAAAUGGGGUUUGACUCAGCGAUAGCCUGAGAAAUGAAAGGGAUAUGACAAUUAAUGGUCACAUGAAUGAGAAAUGAAGAAAUAUUGGGGAAAUCACAAACUCACACAUCAUGUGAGUGAUGAUUUAAUGUGAGUCAAUUGGAUGAAUUAUGAGGGAAAUGCAUUUUGCAAAUUGCAGACUAAAUAUUUUUGCUGAAACAAAAUACAUGUCUAAUGGCUGUUACAAAGUAAAGUUAACCUAGGCCUGAAUCUAAAAUCUAAACAUCUGCAUGUGAAACGUUUUGAUACUGGCUGAUUAAAAAUCUGUUCAUUCAAAGUCAAUGCUCAUGGAAAUCCAUUUCAAAUGGAAUACAUUUCCAUAGUAUAAAAAUAAAUGUCUGAUGCAGUGGCUGAACUAUCAAGUUAGCUGAAAUCGGCUUGGCUGCGAUGACAUUAUACUUCCUAGCUUGCUAAAUAUAGCAGCACAGUCGAUGAAUAAUUUAGCACAGGAGGGCUGAAGGACCCGAAAACUUCAAACUGAAUCAACACUUCUUCUGUUAUUAUAAACUGCACAUUUUCUAUAAUGGCCAAUUACAUGGUAAUAACCCUCACCAUACUAUUAAUAGAGCAGUGUCAACUCAGUUAGUUUAAAAUCUCAAAGAUGCAUUUGAUUUCAUUUUUGGCAAUAUUUUUAUUCAGCCUACCUCCUUAUUUAAGUGCCUAGCGAUCAACUGUUACUAACGAACAUAAGCUAUCAUAACUCAAUCAUCAUCUCAUCUCAACAUCUUCCCAUUAAAACAAGUUGAAUUUACACUCCUAAUAGCACAUUGUCUACAAUGCAUAGGAUAAAUGAAUAUUGUUUAAAAUACCCAAGGUUUUAAGAAGCGGGCCCUAAAUAUUUUCAGAUGAUUUUCCUCAUAAUAUAAAACAGCCCUCGUAUACUGCUGCUGAUGCAUAUCAGAGAGACAGCCAGAGAGCCGGCCAUCAAAGACGCUAGAAAUAGGCAGAGGCCUGGAUUCACUACUGAUAGUGUCAGAUUUAAUAAUAUGACAGGAUUACUUUAAAGAAAAAAAAAGAAGAAAAAGUACUCUCAAAUGAGUGUGCGCAGUGUUUUAAGGCUCGAUUAUACUCCAGACCGGAUUCGUACACAGGUAGCUGCGGACCCCAUGGGUGCCUAGUUGGUCUGUUUAUACUCUCCGUUAAGAGGAUGCGUUCCCCACAUGUGCAGUAGAUUGCUGCAGUGAAAGAUAAACUGGCAUGGGCAGAUCAUUCUCCACCAUUAAGAACAUGAAAAUGUCCAUGAAUAUUAAAUGUCAGAAUCUUGCCUGUGGUCGGACACUUUCUGUGACUUCCUGUUACAACUUGUCUUCACAAUAAUGAGCCUGUAAAAUUGUGACCAGUUAGCCACACUCAUUACAUUCCACGUUAAGGUUGGAGUUGCAGACUAUCUUUAUAGCAAUACUAGACUGACAACAGUCAAAGGAAGCGAAGCAUGAUAUAAACCGAUUCUAUCAAACCUUACAUUUAAUUCAACAGACAGUUUAGCAUGAAAGCAUUAUGUAAAUUGUUUUAAAAUGGUAUCACAACUCACAGGUCAUCUAUGCAAGGCCCUAGAACUCAGGAUAGUAUAAAG